AUGAACAUGUCUGACAAUGGAGGCAAUGAUCCGUCAUCGCCCGUACAACACAAUCACAUUGAUAUGUCCCUUGACAUAGUAAAGAUACAGCCUGCUACGAAACAUGUAGUACACCAAACUUCAGAGGAGAAACAAGGAAUCCUGAAUGCUAGAGCCUUCCUCUUCCUUGUCCUGUGGUACAUCUUUAGUGCCUGCACUCUCUUCCUGAACAAAUAUAUACUUGCCACACUUCGAGGAGAUCCAGCACUGCUAGGAGCUAUGCAGAUGGUGAUGACCACAGUUUGUGGGUUUCUUCAGAUGUACUUACCACUCGGAUUCUACAAACCAGUCGAGAGAGAUGGAAAACCACCAAACUUUUGGAGGAAUAUGAUAUUAGUUGGAACCAUGAGAUUUUCCACAGUAGUUCUGGGACUUGUGGCUCUCAAGUUUGUGGCUGUGUCAUUUACGGAGACAGUGAAGAGUUCGGCUCCAUUAUUUACAGUGGCAAUAUCUUGGAUGUUGAUCGGAGAAUACACUGGGGUUUAUACAUUCCUCUCCCUCAUCCCAAUCAUGGCAGGACUUGCCUUGUGUUCAGCGUAUGAACUCAGCUUUAACAUACAAGGAUUCAUAGCAGCAUUGGCUACAAAUUUAACAGAAUGUCUACAAAAUGUUUAUUCCAAAUUACUUAUAAGUGGGGAAAAAUAUAGAUACACCCCAGCAGAGUUACAGUUCUACACAAGCAUUUCAUCAAUAAUUGUACAAAUUCCAGCCUGUUUCUUUCUGAUAGACCUGCCAAAUGCACAGAAAACAUUAGACUUUACCAUGUUGUUUGUGCUUAUCAUAAAUGGCACAUUUUUUCAUUUCCAAAGUAUAUCAGCAUAUGUGUUAAUGGGAUAUAUUUCACCUGUCACUCACAGUGUGGCAAAUACAGUGAAGCGUGCUUUCCUGAUCUGGAUAUCUGUGAUAUUGUUUAGCAAUCCUGUGACAUUCCUUAGUGGACUUGGCACCUGUGUGGUCACCAUUGGAGUUCUUCUGUACACAAAGGCCAAGGAGUAUGACCAAAACCUUCACAAUAUUAAACAACAUUACAGACCUACGCCAUCACUGAUGGGCGACGCUAAGGAAAUUUAAACAACUACAAUAUUAUAUUUUUCAUCAUGAUUAAUAGCAUUUCAGUAUAACUGGGUAGAAUAUAAAUUACUAC